AGUCUCGAUGGUUGUUCACUUCCGGUCGGGUCACGUUGUGUGUUCGCAGUCAUGCCGGGUGACAGCCGGCGUGUGCGGGGCCCGGAGGAGUCCCAGAGCCCGCUGUUGUACGCCCUGCCCGAACAACCCCAUGUAGGGAGGACUGGCCGUGGGGCCGGGGAGCCUCGGGCAGUGUUCGUGCGGGCCGGGCUCCUCAGCCAAGCGGCUGGCUCAGCUUAUAUAGAGGCGGGAGGCACAAAGGUGCUGUGCGCGGUGUCCGGGCCCCGCGAGUGGGGCGGCAUGGGCGGAGAGCACCGUGGCCGGCUCAUGUGUGACCUGCGCUGGGCUCCGUUCUCCCGGGCAGGAGCAUGGUCGUCCUCUGCGGCUCCUAACCGUCAAGCCGGCCUUUUACUGCAGGAAAGCCUGGAGUCCGCCGUACGACUGGAACGUUACCCGCGGGCGGAGCUGGCGGUGUGGGCGCUGGUGCUGGAGGACCGUGGCUCCGCAUUACCCGCAGCCGUGUCCUGCGCCUCGCUAGCCCUAGCGGACGCUGGGAUAAAGAUGUAUGACCUGGUGGUGGGAGCGGGGCUGAGCUGGGGCCUGGAGGGCGGUGAGCUGCUGCUGGACCCCGACGACGCCGAGGAGGAGGCUGGAGCCACCAUGUACCUCAGCCUGCUGCCUGCCCUCAACCAGGUCUCUGGCCUCCUAUGCAGCGGUGAAUGGGAGGGUGACAGCUCUGUGGCGGCCCUGCGGAUGUGUAUGGAGGGCUGUCAGCGGUUGUAUCCAGUACUGCAACAGAGUCUUGUGAAGGCAACAAAGAGGAAGAUCCCAGCCCCGCAACCUCAGUCUGGAUAACCAUGUGAUCUCUGAUGUAUUGGGGGCUGCAGACGUUUAUGAUAAAUGAAAGAUGCAGGAUGUUGCUCUCUAACAUAAUGGUGGGUGCUACUCCCACCACCUGGAACAUUAACAGACAAUGGUGACUGAGGAGCUGCUGUCCUGGGACUUAUCACCAUGUUACAGGAGGAGAGGAUGGGGCUCAGUGACUGGGACAAUUCCUGGCUAUCACUGCCACUCCUUUAUUGAGGUUGUGUGAUCGAUCAGAAGGGGCAGUGACAGCCAAGAGAUUGGGUUGUGUUUUUUUUUUUUUUUUUUGCAAGCUGUAAAUAAAAGUUUUGUACACAACUUA